UUCGUUGAAAUAAAAUAUAUCAAUAAAAAAUACUUGAGAGUCCAAAAAUUCCACAAACGUGGUGGGGGUUGGUGAAAAAAUCCAUAAUACUUGAAGUGGGUGAAAAAUGAAUUGAUAGAAGUGAUGGGGGUUGGUGACUUGGUGUUGUGCUUCUCUAUGAAUGAGUGAUUCCCACCUGGAACUCGCCAUUCCAAGUUUCUGAAGUUUCUCUCUUCUCUGCCCACCCAGCACCUAUCUCUCUGUCCUUGAUCUGUAUCAUUUUAACUUAAUUUUAUUGCAAAGAAAAGCUUGUCUUACCUUUAUGGUGAUUGGAUGAUCAGCAGGUGUUUUCGGAAGGGAGACACAUAUUUGUAAACUUAGAUAUAUAUAGAGAUAUAUCUCUUCAAUUUGGUGAGUUAGAAAAUGUGGAGGCUCAAGGUUGCAGAUGGAGGCAAUGAUCCCUACAUCUACACCACCAACAACUUCGUAGGAAGACAGAUAUGGGAGUUUGAUCCUGAUUAUGGAACCCCAGAAGAGCGAGCUGAGGUCGAAGCAGCUCGUGAAAAUUUCCGGAAAAAUCGGUUUCCGGUUAAGCCCAGCAGUGAUCUUCUCUGGCGAAUGCAGUUUGCAAGGGAGAACCCAUGUGUCGCAAACUUGCCACAAAUCAAAGUUCAAGAUUUGGAAGAAGUGACGGAGGAGGUGGUGACGACUACCUUACGAAGGGGCUUAAAUUUCUAUUCAACUAUGCAGGCACACGAUGGUCAUUGGCCAGGGGAUUAUGGGGGUCCUAUGUUUCUACUACCCGGAUUGGUCAUUACUUUACAUAUUACAGGAGCUCUGAAUGUUGUCUUAUCAAUAGAACAUCAACAUGAAAUGUGCAGAUACCUUUUCAAUCAUCAGAACGAAGAUGGAGGUUGGGGGCUACACAUUGAAGGCCCAAGCACCAUGUUUGGUACCGUGCUAAGCUAUGUUACUCUGAGAUUGCUUGGUGAAGGAGGUUUUGGUGUAGAAGGAGCAAUGGAAAAUGGGCGAAAAUGGAUCUUAGACCAUGGGGGUGCAACUGCAAUAACUUCUUGGGGGAAAAUGUGGCUUUCUGUGCUCGGAGCAUAUGAAUGGUCUGGGAAUAAUCCACUCCCAACGGAAGUGUGGCUAUGUCCUUACAUUCUUCCAAUUCAUCCAGGACGAAUGUGGUGUCAUUGCCGAAUGGUGUAUUUGCCCAUGUCGUACAUAUAUGGGAAGAGGUUUGUUGGUCCAAUUACACCCACAAUUAUUUCUUUGAGAAAUGAGCUAUACAUAGUCCCUUAUCAAGAAGUAGAUUGGAAUCAAGCCCGUAAUCAAUGUGCCAAGGAAGAUCUAUACUAUCCACAUCCACUGGUUCAGGAUAUUUUAUGGGCAUCUCUUCACAAUGUGAUUGAGCCUAUUCUGGGGCAUUGGCCCGGAAACAAGUUGAGGGAGAAGGCUUUAUGCACUGUGAUGCAGCAUGUACACUAUGAAGAUGAGAAUACACGGUAUAUAUGCAUAGGGCCUGUGAACAAGGUGUUAAAUAUGCUUUGCUGCUGGAUUGAAGAUCCAAACUCAGAGGCCUUUAAGUUGCAUAUUCCAAGAAUUAUUGAUUAUUUGUGGAUUGCUGAAGACGGCAUGAAAAUGCAGGUCCAUAAAUAG